AUGGCGACGGCCGUUUGCCAAUUUGAAUGGUCGAAAGGGAAGAAAAAGGAAAGGCUAAGGCCUGGAAGCUCUUUCAGUAGCCCGAGGGAGAGGAGAGGUGUUUCCGAUGCGAAUGUCGAGGGGAAAAGAGACGAGUCGAUUGUUGGUGGUGGCCGACGAGAAUUAAAUUUUACGCUGAGGACAUUGCCGGUGGAUGAGGGCCCGAAAGAAGAGCUCUUGAAACCAUGGGACCCCCAUUCCCUUCAUCAGCUCAUCUACUAUGAGGUUCGUAUGGGAAUACCUGCCACCCAGUGGAUUAGCAUUUAUAAUGCUCAAAAACCAAUAAAGCAAAGAUAUCACUAUAAUGUGACGGAUGCGAGACUUUCCCAUCACAUUGAUAAAGGAACUGAAGAUGGUUUGUUCAUAAGUUGUGUGGCAUCUUACCAAAAUGUUUGGGCGCUAAUAAUGGAUGCCGGAACUGGCUUCACAGGGCAAGAAUGGAUAAUGGAACAGUGGGAAAAUAAUUAUUACAUCAGUGCUGUUGGAGGAGCCGCAAAUGGCAGUUCAUUAGUUGAAAUGUCGAAAGUACGCCCAACAGUCUUACAAAGUGAGCGACUCAUUCCCAUUCAAGUGGAUAAACAAAAAAUGGAGAGAAGAUUUCUA